AUGUCCGAGAAAACUCAGGCCCGAGAGAAGGCGGAAAGCCCAGUCACGAGUGUGACUGGCGGCGACAUCGAAUUGCAAAGCAGUGCGUGGUUACAGAAGAUCCAGCGCUACUCUCUUCUCCUGGAUCGCAAGCUUCACAUCGAAAGUCGCGGCAUUGAACGGGUCCCAGCCGAUCAACGCGAUCCUCAUCUCAACUACCUCGACAUGAUGUUUUUGUGGUUCUCCUGCUCGGCCGUGAUAUCAACCACGGCCACAGGCAUCUUAGCUGGCCCUUCAUGGCUCGGUCUCAGUGUGACCAAUGGCUUUCUCGCCGUAUUCUUUGGCACGUCCUUGGGCGCGUCGUGUGCCGCUUACAUGGGCACGUUUGGACCACGCUUGGGACUUCGUCAAAUCAUUCUCUCCAGGUUUUCCUUCGGUUGGUAUGGAGCAAAACUCGUUGCUUUGGUGAAUACCGUUACUGAACUCGGAUGGUGUCUCGUCGGCGUGGUCAUCGGAGGUCAGAUCCUCGACUACAUUUCCGGAGGCGACUGUCCCUUGGUCGUCGGAAUCAUUAUCCUGUCGGUUCUCUCCUUCAUCAUUGCGGGCUUUGGAUACAGCAUGGUCCACUACUACAUGCGAUACGCAUUUAUCCCCGGCUUCAUUGCCACCAUCAUCCUGUGCGCCAUUGCUUCGAGGAAGUUCGACUCGGGAGCUCCCAAUCUGGUUUCCGGGGCGACCUUUUCGGGCAACUUUCUGACCAUGUUUACCAUCUGCUUCGGAUCAGGGUCGGGUUUCCUGCCUAUGGCAAGUGAUUACUACAUCACCUAUCCCGCUUCCACUCCUCGAUGGAAGACGUUCUCCUUGACCUGGCUCGGAAUUGUGGUUCCUGUGGUCUUCUUCCAGUCAGUUGGUCUGGCCAUUGGAGGCGCGCUGGGGAGCACACCGGAAUGGCUUGACAUCUAUUACAAUCAGGGAUACGGCGCUCUCAUUGGCACCGCCCUGGAACCAGUUGGUGGAUUUGGCACGUUCUUGAUGGUGGUUUUCUUCCUCGGUAAGGACGAUUUCGAUCCUGGUGGAAAGUUCCUUCGCUCAUAUGAUGCAGGUCUUGUUGGAAACAACAUCCCCAACACAUAUUCGGCGGGCUUGUCGAUGCAGGUUCUGACUUCCUAUUUUGCCGUCAUACCACGACUGUUCUGGACUUUAGUAGCAGUCCUGAUCUACGCCAUCUGCGGAAUUGCGGGUCGAAGCCAUUUAAUGACCAUCAUCAGCAACUUCUUGAGUGUCAUCGGCUAUUGGACCAUGGCCUUAUUCACGAUCGUCAUGGAGGAAGACUUCAUAUUCCGCCGCAAGACUGGGUAUAAUGUUGAUGCAUACGCAACGCGGAGCAAAUUACCCUGGGGCGUGGCAGCAGUGUUCAGCUUCUUGCUGGGCAUCGUUGGUGCUGUCCUCGGUAUGAAUCAGACGUGGUACGUUGGAGUGGUGGCUCGACAGAUAGGGGACAUGGGGGGCGAACUCGGGCUGAUCUUUGCAUUCGCCUUUACCGGACUGUCAUACCCGCCUCUCCGAUGGCUAGAGCGUCGACACGUCGGGAGAUAG